AUGGACAAGGAUCUUCAACUCGCAAUCGCCCAAGCUGAGAUGGAAGUCGCCGAGAAGCGACUCGCGCUCUUGUUAGCCCAGGGAGGCUUGCCAGCACAAAGUGUAGCUCAGGUCAACGGCGCGCCGGCGUCGGGCGAUGCGGAGUGGCUGAUUCCACAGGGUGAACUCGGCAACAUUGAGGACGGCAUGCAAGGCAGCGAGCCUGGCGAAGCUAUAACGCGCGAAAGUCAGGAUGACGCGCACGCCACGGAAGUUCCGCAAAGUACGCGGAACCCCAGCAUAGCUGAGGAGGAUGCGAACCCCCUGCCGCCUGUGACCAUAAUCCAAGACGAACCGACACAUGUGCUCAACGACGCUACAGGCGGUGCGGAGACGGACGAGAGCGCCGACGAUGCGCGCAGCGCUGCCGCGCUAGAUGAAAACGACGAGGUGGAAAGUCUGGUCCGGGACGACGACACCGACGUCGAUGCCGACGUCACCUCGGUAACGGUGAAAACCGAAACCGACAAAGCGGAGACAAGCGCGGCGCCGACGAAUAACGACAUGGAAGAUGGAAUGUCGGUGGGAGCAUUCAUGGACCGGGUCUUUCGUUGGGGCGGCCUGGUAUGGUCAGACUCGUCGACUAGGAAGGGUGUGAACGCCGAGGCGGCGACGCAGAUGGCUACGGAGCUGGUGGGCUUCGAAGUUGUGACAUUUGACCAGGUUGGCCAGCGCGCGCCUCUUGAUAUCAAGUCCGCCCGCCAAUGGGCUUCAAAGUCGCGACUGGCGGCGAAGGUAUAUACGUCAGUGCCGGAAGCGAACUACACAAUGCUCGUCGCGCAGGCCUGGCGCGGCAUCCGGCAGCUUCCAUAUCAGGAAGCGCUCAAGAUGAACGGACGAUACGGGCUCAUUGGCGUCAUCCGCGCAAUUUAUCAGGCGAACACAAUAGAUCCAGAUGCGUGUGAGGAUUUCCGGGCGAUGAUGUUGGACGCUGCGGAAGCCCUGCGGGCCAUGCGCGCGACCGUCAUGGCUGCGCGCGACGCCCAACUGAUGACCGCACCGGCGCCGAUUACAUCAACAUCGAGCACACUUCUUGACGUGCUGAUCCAGCGCGAUGCCGACCAGGCGGUCAGGGCUACGGAGGCGAUCAAGCGCCUGGUGAGCGGUGAUAUCAUCGAGAUAGACGACGAAGAAGAAGAGCGGGCGUCGGUCCCGAGGAAGGGCGGCAGCGGCGGUGAAGGCGGCAAGCCGACAAGGGUCCCUGCGAAGCGCAAGCCGACAAGCACGCCGGUACCCUCGCCCAGGCAGAAGAAGAAUAGGUCGUGA